AUGCCCCCCGUCACAAACCACAUGCUCAAUGCCCGCCGCGAAAAGGACUGCUUCGCCAUCACCGCCGAACGUAAAUACUACCACGUCGACAACACCUUCAUCAGGCGUAGCCUCCGACCCUCCGAAUGGCAGCACAGUCCCUUCAAUGGCACAUUAGUUAUCCCUCGCUUCAGCCGUGAGCGCAUCUUGAACGAAGCUGCUACGCUGCGCUUUAUCGCGGACAAAACGGAUAUUCAUGUUCCAAAAUUGCACUGCUGCUUUGAGGAUGACGAGGCGGUUUAUUUGGUGAUGGAGUAUAUUGAGGGCGUGGAUUUGGCUAGUUUGGAAGAGGAGCAGCGCAAGACUGUUGAGGCGGAAUUGGAGGGUCAUCUCCAGAUUUUGAGGAACUUGACGUCUGAUACUUGGGGUGGACCGUCUGGACUUGUCGUUCCGCCGUAUCGAAUUAUGAGACGCUCCCCUCGUCCGGAGUGGAAGAUGAAAGUGAGGGAGUCAAAGGACCUUGUGUUCUGUCAUAACGAUUUAUCGGCGCAUAAUGUCAUUGUCGAUCCUGUGACGUUCAAGGUCAAUGCUAUUAUUGACUGGGAGUAUGCUGGCUAUUAUCCCCAGGAGUUUGAGGGCAUGUUUUUUCGUCGACCUGGGCCGUCGGUUGCGAUUGGCGAGGAAGUCGAUGAUGAGGAUAAACUAUUAGACAUGAUGCACAAGAAUGAGGAUAAAUGA